AUGCCCCUGACGUUCAACAACGCUCUAGACGUCGAUGUCGAAGCCACGGUGGAGAACACCCCCGUGUCCGAGGUCCACGCGCACGCCAAGAAGAUGUCGGUCGACUUCAGCCUCACCGAAUGCACCCUCGUCCGACGCGAGCGGCCAGGGCUACUCAUGGUCGACUUCGAUGCGGGAGGCACGACGGACCCCAGGAACUGGGCCAGGUGGUACAAGAGAUGGGUGUCUGGCCUGUCGGUCAUCAUGAUAUCCCUUGCCAUGUCGUCAUCGGGCGCACUGAUCCCCUUCUCCGCCGCACUGGACUCUCAAUAUGGCAUCGGCGUGUUCGUGAACGAACUCUUCGUCGCCCAGUUCACAAUGAGCUUCUGCGUUGGACCUCUGAUUCUCGCUCCGUUGUCUGAAAAGUACGGUCGUAAACCUGUUUUACUGGUGUCUUGGAUCGCCUUCACUCUCCUCUACAUCGGUGCGGCGGUCUCCACCGCGGCGACUAGCGUUGUUGCUUGCCACAUCGUGGCCGGUCUGUUCAUCUCUGCCCCCAUGACCAUCAGUCCAGCCGUCAUUGCGGAUGUAUGGGGUUUCCCCUCGCGCGAGGAGGCUAUGGCUAUAUACGCACUCGCCAUAGUCGCGCCACCGAUCGGUGCCGCGUCUGGUGGAAUCCUGCUCAAGCUCGGAGUCAAUCAGCACAGCGUGUUCUGGAUCUACACCAUCAUCGGGGCGCUGAUGACAGUCCUCGUCGCGUUCACCAUGCGCGAGACGUACCGCCCUUUGAUUCUGCUUAAGCAUGCGAGGCGUCUGCGCGAGGAGACGGGCGACGACCGUUUCAAAGCGCCCCUUGAGGUUCCCCAGAUCGACCUCGGCUUGGGUGCUCGCUGCCUCUGCAAUAUGCUCGCGCGCCCUAUUCGUCUGUUCAUUCACGAGCCUCUUCUCGCCAUCGUGUCGGCGUACUUGGCCAUCAUUCAGAUGUGCUCAUCGAUAUUCGUUCAGGGCUGUACGUCGGCCUUUGGGGCCUCAACGGGCAUCGUCAGCACCCUUGGUGCAUCGUCCGCGACGCUGAUCAUCGGUGGGAUCGCAGUGAUGUUCUCGUACAUCUUUGUGGUGCACCGCCGCUUUUCCGUGCGGCACGCCGAAGCGUUCGCCCCCGAGCGCGUGCCGCCCGAAGUGCGCCUGGUGCUGUCCAAGUGGGCGGCGCCUGUGUUCGCCGUCACGUUCUUCUGGUUCGGGUGGACGCUCUUCAACACGUUCAGCUCUGUGGUGCCGCUCGUCUCGGGCGUAGUGAUGGGAGGGGCCAUCUUCCUUCUCGUGUUCCCAGUCCUCAACUACAUCGUGGAGGUUUACGAAGGGAUCACGGCGAGUGCCAUGGCCAGCGUCGUCGUCUCGAUGAACCUCUUCCCCGCGCUGUUCCCGCUCUUCUCCACGAGGAUGUUCCUCGUCCUGACCCCGCAUUGGGCGCUCACCGUCGCGGGAUGCAUCGCGCUUCUCGUGACGCCUUUCCCGACGCUUUUGAUCAGAUACGGCUCCAUGAUGCGCGCACGAUCGGGGUACGCUUCGCGUGCGCACGCUUGA